GGUUUAUUAGACCUUUUGGCCACAGUUAUUUAUGCACUGAAUAAUAUCCUCUCUUAGCUCCUCAGGUAACCUAAUCAGGCCGCUUUUUUGCUUCUUCUUUCAGCUCUAGCUUCCGCGGUCAUCUCUCCAUUGCAUAGCUUUGCGCUGCGCUUUUUCAAGAAACAACUUACUGUUGAAGAUGGGUCGUGUUCGCACCAAGACUGUGAAGAAGUCCUCUCGCCAGGUCAUUGAGAGGUACUACUCUAAAAUGACCUUGGACUUCCACACCAACAAGAAAAUCUUGGAAGAGGUUGCUAUCAUCCCCUCAAAGCGGCUUCGUAAUAAGAUUGCUGGAUUUUCCACCCACCUUAUGAAGCGUAUUCAAAAGGGUUCUGUUCGUGGUAUCUCUUUGAAACUUCAAGAGGAAGAGCGUGAGCGUCGCAUGGACUUUGUGCCGGAAGAGUCUGCCAUUAAGAUUGAUGAGAUUAAGGUUGAUAAGGAGACAAUUGACAUGCUUGCUGCUCUUGGUAUGUCUGAUAUUCCGGGGCUUGUUGAAUUUGAGCCUCAGCCAUUGGUUCCUCCUCAAGUCUUUGGUAGGGGUCCAGCUGGUGCACCUAGGAGGUUCUGAGUGAUUGCAACAAAGAAGGAAACAAGGCAAGUAUGGUCGAAUUGCUCUCCCUCUUCCCUUGGUCAAAUUGGAUAGCCUUGGUACACCUGAUUUUGCUUCAUUUAGAGAGAAUUUGAGCCAAGCCUUGACGCAUAUAAAACCUAUGAAUUAGUCCAAGCCCUUUGGUGGUCCGAAAGCUCGAAUUUUAAGGCCCUUUGGCAUAGGGCAUUUGGGCUCUGGAUCUUGUAAUAGUUUAAGGUAGUUAAUUUUAUUUCCAUUAACUUCUAAAGGGUUGUAAAUUUUUUUUUUUUUUUUGCCCUCUCUAGUCUUUUAGUUGUAUGAUGAGUGUAAUAGUUAGGUUUUCCUCUCCUCCCUUUUCUUGGAAUGAUUAACUUGUUUUUCUCACCUAAAGAUGAUGGAAAUCAGACUUAAUCAGCUAGUUAAAA